CCAUCAAGCCAAGUUAUGACAGCGAUUAAAAGGCUGCGGAAGGCUUGGAUUCAAGUGUUUAUGCAUCCUGACUUGCCUAAAAAUAUUGAAGAAAAAGUUAGGGAACGUUUAAAGAAUGCUGUUGAUGGGGCUCAGAUUUGCUCACCAGAGAGCAUAGGCCUUAAUGUGAUUCUUGAAAUGAGGAAAUGGGAUGAUACUUUACUUCUUAAAUGUUUCGAUGGGAAAUUAAAGAAUGAUUUCAUAAGAGAAGAUGAGGAAGUGGUUGAAGCUCGACUAUCCUUCCUGGAAAAGAACCAAAGGUUUUCUGAUGCAUUAUCUUACAUGUUGAGUUGUAAGACUUUGGAAAAGAACCACAGUGCUUCUUAUUAUGGCUUUGGAGGUGCUGUACCCUCCACUACUGAAAAGUGCCUGGCAAACAUUACCCACUACAAAAAGAAAUUUGUGCUUUUACUAGCACAGGCAGGGAAAGUGGAACAAGCUCUUAAUGUGCUGAAUUUUCCAGUCUCAGAGGACAUUCCUGCCAGCGUUUUGACCAACACAGGUUUUAAAGAUACAAGAGGCACAACACCUUUAACACAAUGUACCCUUGCAAUAAUUGAUUUUGCAACAACUAAAAAGCUCUUAAUUGCCAUGGUAAAUGAAAACAGUUCUGUGGAGGCAGGGAAGAUUCCUUCACCAUCCAGCAUUCCAGAAGAGAAACUGAAAAAGGUGUUAGCAUUUAUAAUGACAGCAACACAAGUGAAUUCUAAUCUUCGCAAUGAACAGGCCUUUGAGUGGUUUAUUAACACAUUCUGCGAGUCAUCCAUUAUCAACAAGUGUUCUCCAGAAGAAAAUCAGAACUGCUAUCCAUACUUUCCAAUUAGUCACACCUUGGAGUUGUUCAAGAAAAAGGACUUGUUGUGGGCUUGUGUCUCAGUGGUGCUCUCACCAGUUCUCACCAACAAAAUCAAUGGUCAAAUACUGAAUUUUAUGCAAGCAAAUGUUAUCAAAACACUUGGAAGUCAGUGUAUUCCAUAUGAUGUCUACAAGAGCUGGAUAAAAAAACAGGUCGACAUUGGGGGAAUUGAGAGGAAUUAUGAGAUUGCCUUGCUUAUGUUAAAAGAAGGUCGUCUCUUAAAAAAAUGUCAAGAGGGCUCAUCAAUACGCAAGAAAGCUGUGUCGCUUGUCAAGACACUCAUUAAGACUGUUGAUGCCUUGCUGAGCAAGAAUGGUAGCUCUAAUGGGAAGGACAGACUGUGUGUAGUACUCAAGAAGAUCAAGAACGAUUUUGCCAAGGAGAUUGUAAAAUGUGGAUUAGAUUCUUUAGAAGGAAAGUUGAUGGGGUUGAUUUUCAAAAAUGAUCCAAGCUUUGAGAAUUUUGAAGAUGUUAGGAAGGCUUGUGGAGGUGAAAAGUGGCCUUCUAUAAAAUCAGAAAUGAUGGACUUUCUCAAGAAGCACCUCUCAAGCAGGUCUCACGCUGCAUGUUGUGUCGAGGUGUUUGGUAGAUAUGGUAUGUACGAUGAAGUAAAACAAACCCUUGCUGCAGUUGGUUCCUCAAAUGUUUCCAGUAUCUGUGAAAAGAUUAAAGUGACUUUGCUAAAGUUAGAGAAACCUGACGAAGCGUGCCAGUUUGCAGAUGCAUGUUGUGAUUGGUUGAGUAAAACACUAUGCGAUGUUGCAUUCUCCAGCUGGCGAUAUAGCUUUAACAAUUUGCCUGAUUCGGUCGUUUCCUGUGUCAAAGCGAUUGCUGCUUUCAAACAACAGACUUCUAAUGACAUUCUGACAGCAGCGAUGCGUCAUACGUCUGAGUACUUUAGUCGAAAUACAGUCCAACAGAAACAUCGUUGCUAUCUUGAACGUUGGUUAAGUGAAAUCAAGGGAUUGUUUGGAAAAUGUGAGCUGACCGCGUGGAGCUGGGCCUUUCAUGAGCUUACAACGGGACCGCUGAAGCGAAAGUCUGCAGUGAUUAAGCACUUGAUGAACAGUACCUCUUUGCAGUUGGGAACCCUCACUUAUAAUCAAUUGCGUUUAAUGCAAACUAAAGCUAAGGUAAACACCGCAUCUAAAGACAAAAAUACACCUGCACAUGCGCAAGGAAAAGUUCAGAAAAGGUCAGGUUGUGAAACCCAGGCACCUGCUACGUCAACCGUACAAAAGAACGUGUCAGGAGGUUCCUUUGUGCCUUUAACCAGCGGAAAACAGGCGCAAGGGAGCGCGCAAGAGAGAGCUAUGAAUGCACCAGGAUGUGGAACCCAGGGCCUUUUGGCUGCUACAGCCUCAUCGCAGUUUGUCAAUUCAGCUCAGGGCAAUGCUCUAUCUGCCAAAAAGGGUACUGUUGGUGUCCCUGCGGUCGCAAUUGCGAACGAAAAUGUCGCGUCCCUGCCCGGAUCAAAAGCAUCCAUGUUCGUGGCAAUCGCUCCAAUGUCACCAGCCUCUCCAUGAGUCAGUACCCCUUCAACAAUCCAAACUGUCUCAGGUCCUUCCUCUGGUAAGAAGCUUGGUAACCGUGCCACCUCCUGGACCAAAUAAUUCUUCAGCGGUGAUUUUCACCGCGUAGUGAUUCGUGGCUGACUGCAUUUCGUCUACAGAAUUUGAUUGUGAGACUGAAUGAACUGAGGUUUGGUAAAUUUAAAAAUAUUCUUGAAAAUACCGCAGAAUAUUACCCAUGAUUUCUCAGUUUUCCAACGAUAGGCAACAGAUAACUCAAAUUUGUUAUGUUACACGUUUUCGGUUGAAGUUGUAGAGCUCAAGUUGCCAAAUGAAAAAUCAGAUUCAAUAAGUGAUGUUUGUCUAAGGUUUACCAUUGGAAAAUAAUUUCACGGGAAUAAUUUUAUUGAAUUCGGGUAAAAUUAUCCAUGUAAAUACUUUCACCAAGUUUUCGUCAAAUUGAAGUUAAAAAGAGUAGGUAUUUUCCCUUCUCACGGGAUAAGGAAGCAAUAAUUUUAUAUUUUGCAAGACAAGGGUCAUUAGAGGAGUUUGAGGGUUGGUUUGAUUUAACCCUUUAACUCCCAGAUCAAAUUUGUCAUUCUCUUUAUUGUAAACCA